UGUGAGGAACAGUGCUGCAGUGGGAGAUACACACAGGGAGUUCUGAGGUUCACACUCCCUUUCCUCUUCACACUCUACCACAGGAUGGAACAGAGAAAGUUCUGGCCUCGGAUAUGGGACUCCGAUGGCUGGCCAGUGGCCUUGGUGCUUCUUCUUUUGGUUUUCUUUUCACAGAAUGCUACCAGCACUCCCAUUUAUAAUACCUUCCACUCUGAGAACCGCGACUGGACUUUCAACCACUUGACUGUCCAUCAGGCCACUGGAGCAGUCUAUGUGGGAGCCAUCAAUCGGGUUUAUAAACUGUCUGGAAACUUGACCAUAUUAGUAGCUCACAAGACAGGACCUGAGGAAGACAACAAGUCUUGUUAUCCACCGCUCAUUGUUCAACCCUGUACUGAGAUCUUGACUCUAACUAACAACGUCAACAAGCUGCUGAUUAUUGAUUACUCCGAAAAUAGGCUGUUGGCAUGUGGCAGCCUUUACCAAGGAGUCUGCAAGCUGCUGAGAUUGGAUGACCUCUUCAUCCUAGUGGAACCUUCACAUAAGAAGGAGCAUUAUCUUUCCAGUGUUAACAAGACUGGCACUAUGUAUGGAGUUAUAGUUCGAUCUGAGGGGGAAGAUGGAAAGCUUUUCAUAGGUACUGCAGUGGAUGGCAAGCAGGAUUACUUCCCCACUCUCUCCAGCAGGAAACUGCCACGUGAUCCAGAGUCAUCAGCCAUGUUGGAUUAUGAACUCCACAGCGACUUUGUUUCAUCCCUCAUCAAAAUCCCUUCAGACACACUGGCCUUGGUCUCUCACUUUGAUAUCUUUUAUAUCUAUGGAUUUGCCAGUGGCAAUUUUGUGUACUUUCUGACUGUUCAGCCAGAGACACCUGAGGGAGUAUCUAUCAAUGCAGCCAGUGACCUAUUCUACACAUCCCGAAUUGUGCGUCUGUGCAAGGAUGACCCCAAGUUUCACUCCUAUGUUUCUCUGCCUUUUGGAUGUGUCAAAGGUGAUGUGGAAUAUCGACUCCUCCAGGCAGCCUAUCUUUCCAAACCAGGAGAGGUAUUGGCUCGAUCCCUCAAUAUUACAGUCCAGGAUGAUGUCCUUUUUGCCAUUUUCUCCAAGGGGCAAAAGCAGUAUCAUCAGCCACCUGAUGACUCAGCUCUGUGCAUGUUUCCCAUCCGUGCUAUCAAUGCCCAAAUUAAGGAUCGCCUACAAUCUUGCUACCAGGGUGAGGGCAACCUGGAACUCAACUGGCUGCUAGGGAAAGAUGUUCAAUGUACCAAGGCGGUAAGAAUAUUCACCACAUAUUAA